CGUUCUCAACGUCGGCUAUCUUUCUCACUUCAUUCUCACCGUUGUCGCCGCAGCUUCUUCUAACCCUAGAACCGCCGAUUCCUCUAAACCCUAGCGCCCCCGCUUCCACUAUUUCCGAACAAACCGUCGCCCUCGCCACCGUGCUCACCAAUGUUCUCACCGCCGCUUCCUCUAAACACUAGCUAGCACCGCCGCUUCUUCUAAACCCUAGCGCCGCCGCUUCUUCUCUGUAAACCGUAGCGCCGUUUCUCUGUAAACCCUAACGCCGGUAAGUCAUCAAUCUCGAAGAAAAGAUGAACAUAAAACGUUGUCUCUAUCAAUUUACUCAUUCUCACCGUUUCACGUUUAUUUUUUCAGAUCUAUAACCACAAUGACGAGUACUCCAACUCCUUCUGCGACUAAUCAGGUCCGCUUGAAAUUUUUCUACUGGAAGACUUGUAAGUAAGUCGUCUGGAAAGUCUUCCAACUGGACGACUUAGUAGACGACUUAAAUAUAAGUCGUCCAUUUGGAAGACUUUUCAGACGACUUAAAUAUAAGUCGUCAACUAAGUCGUCCAGUUGGACGACUUUCCAGACGACUUAUAUUAAAGUCGUCUACUAAGUCGUCUGGAGUAACAAUUAAGGCGUGAUUGAUUUAGCUUGUGUUCUGACUUCUAUUGUUGUCUUUGAUUAUUUUGCAGACAAAAAGGAUGGAUAUUCCAGAACUCCCCCGUAGGUUAUACACAUUAGGGGAAGAGCCAGAACCCCAGCAUAGCAUUUCGUAUCAUUCGGAUAACAACAGGUUGCAUGCUGCUCUUAAGGGAGCUCUCACUGAGAAAGAUGAAGAGCUCAAGGAGUCGAGAUUGGGAGUUUUCAUCAAGUUCAAGGAGCAGGGAUUUGGUUGGGCUUCAAGGCUGGUUCACCACAUGCUCUGUUUAAAGCUGGACAUUAAGAAGAAGUACGAGAUGUGGUGUCUCGUUGGUCCAGAACCUUUGAGGUUUUCACUGUUAGAGUUUGAAAUGAUCACUGGUCUAAACUGCGAGUACAUCGAGGACCUUGACACACCAAAAUGUGAUGUUACCCCAGAGAUGGUUUCUUUCUGGGGGAUGAUGGGAGUUCAUCUGGAAGCUGGGCCAACUACUGAUCAGAUAAUAGAUGCACUGAAGAGAUGCGGGGAUUGGUCCACGGAAGAUCGCAAGCGGCUCGCGUACCUUUCCAUCUUCACUGGAUUCAUUGAAGGGAGAAAGUUUUCAACCGCUACACGAGCUACUCUGGCAAGGCUAGUGAUGGAUUUAGAACGGUUUGAGAAUUAUCCAUGGGGGAGAGUCUCGUUUAAGGUGCUGAUGGACUCUUUGUGGAACAAAGAGAUUACUGGCAGUUACACCGUGGAUGAGUUUAUACAAGUUCUUCAGGUCUGGGCGUACACAGCUCUGCCGGGAAUGGGUGCUAGUAUUGGUAGUCCCAGAUUAAACAGUUCGCUUCGACCGCUUCCACCGAUUCUGGCUUACGAGGGCAGCAGAGGCCGCAGAUUCAUGAAAGCUGCUAUCUUGAGUCAUACUCGCGUGAUCAACUUUGUUGAGAAGGACAUUAGUGAAAUGUGGCCAAAAUGGGACUCUGAGGUUGAGGACGUGCCCGCGGAGAACAUCAUUAAAGUCAUGUAUGAUCAGAGACCGUGGAAGUGGACCAUGGAUUGCUGGGAAGUCACUGGUACAAGUAAGGUUGUGACUCCAUCAAAAAGAGCCAAAGAGAUGGUUGUGGUGGAGGUGGAGGAGGAGGAGGAAGACAAUCAGAGACCUCGGAAGAAAGCUCGUAAAGAGGCUCCUAAAGAGGCUCCUAAAGAGGCUAGAGAAGAGGCUAGAGAAGAGGCUAGAGAAGAGGCUACCCCUACCCCUCAAGCCAAAGAAACCGGGGUUAGUAACAAACAGCCUACCCCUCAAGCCAAAGAAACUGGGGUUAGUAACAAACAGCCUACCCCUCAAGCCAAAGAAACCUGGGUUAGUAACAAACAGCCUACCCCUACACCUCAAACCAAUCUGCCUACUCCUCAAACCCAGCCUCCUCCUCAAAAGGAUCAGCAGAAACAGCCUUCUCCUCAAACGAAACAACCUACUCCUCAAAAGAAACAGCCUUCUCCUCUGCCCAAAGAGAGAUUGUUGCCGGAGGAUACAGCAGAUGAGGCGAUCUCGGUAUAUAAGAUCUUGCCGGAGGAUAAAGCAGAUGGUGUCACCUCCAAAGAGUUUGUUCCUCUCACUUCCACUGACCAACCGAGCUUCGCUUCCAACGAUCAACAACCGAGCUUCGCUUCCACCGAUCCAUGCGUUCCAGUUUCAGAACCGAGCCUGGUUGUAUUGGACAAAACAGCUCCCACUUCUUCUGUGCGUGCAAGGAGUGAACGAACGAAGAAACCUGCUCCCACGCAGAUAUCUCCUUAUACGGCAGAGAGAAAGAAACUCCUUAGAGUGGCAAAGUAUAAUCCAUUUCCCACACUAAACAGACCUAAGAUGAAGGAGCUCGUUGAUUGGUUGAAAACUGAUCCUUAUUAUUUCACUAAGCAUGAGGACAAACCACGUACAUCACCAACUUGGUGGUAUCACAUCCUCCGGACACCCAAAGGAUGGCUGGAAGACGUACAUAUGGAUGCUUGGAUUAAUGUGCUGAGGCAGAGGUAUCAGGAGAACCCACAAGCUUUCCGGAGCGAGGGAAUGUGCUUCCUGGAUCACAACUUUGACCAGUCUUGGAGAGACCAGUAUCUGUUCUUCAAAGCAUCGCAACCUGAUCACAAAGGUUUAGGAAGAAUGCUACCUGGUGGGGCGUCGAGUUUUUAUGACGGAUCAAUGCCUUCAUUUUGCCAAUCAAACAAGAAGUGGGGGGAGGACAUUGAUGAUAUCUAUGCGCCAGUGAACUUGAACAACAAACAUUGGGUUGCUAUUUGGAUAUCGAUCCCUAACAGGCACAUAGUCGUCUGGGACAGCAUACCUUCAUGUACCAUACCAGAAGCAUGGGAUGAGAUAAUGGAGCCUUUUCUCGAGAUGGUCCCUUAUCUGCUUGUUGUCAACGCAAACACCGACGAAGGAAGGGCCAAAUACGGGUUGGAGCGAUACACAUAUGAGAGACGGCUUAAAGAUGUACCCACGGCCAACAAUGGUGAUUGUGGCCUGUAUGCUCUAAAGUACAUUGAAUGUCAUGCUCUUGGGGUCCCCUUUAGCCCUAAAGACUUUGCUAGGUCCAAUGUGAAGAGUAUGAGGGAUAAUAUGGCGGUGGUUAUAUGGACGGAGCUUGUUGAUCAGCAUUUGAAAGAGAAUGAGGAUGGUGAUAAGUUCGUGGGCAUGUAUGAUUAG